AAUGUGCGGUCGCCUGAACACUUAACAGUGAAAAUAACCAGAGGGUCUCCUGUUUUCCUUUCAAAUGGCACCCAACACCCUCUGUUUCAUGUCGGACCUGUCUUGAUGGAGGACACGCUAAGACGGACGGUAUGGCCACAGAGAGUAUUGUGGAGAAUACCUGUUACUACAACGAGAAUGUCACCUUCUUCUACAGAGUGGUGAAUAAGACGAUCAGUACAGGAUGGAAUACACGGGACUAUGUUGUCAUUGGACUGGGCUUGACAGUAUGUGUUAUUGUACUCCUGGCCAACUUGCUGGUGAUGAUAGCCAUUUUUAUGAACCGCCGCUUUCACUUUCCCAUCUACUAUCUCCUGGGGAACAUGGCUGCAGCAGACCUGUUUGCAGGUAUUGCUUAUACCAACCUGAUGUUGCACACAGGCCCGUGGACUAGAACACUUACCAAGGAGCAGUGGUAUAUCCGCGGCGCUUUGAUUGACAUCAGCUUGACAGCCUCUGUGGCCAACCUCCUUGCUGUUGCUGUGGAGCGACACCAGACCAUCAUCACCAUGCAGCUUCACAGCACUAUGCCAAAGCGGCGUGUGGUGCUGCUGAUAGUAUGCAUCUGGGCCAUAGGUAUCAUCAUGGGCCUGGUGCCGACAUUUUGGAACUGUGAGUGUGAUCUUAAGGACUGCUCCACCCUUGCGCCGCUCUACAGCCGCCGCUUCCUUAUCUUCUGGGCAGUCCUCAACCUGCUCACUUUCUUCAUUAUGGUGGCCGUGUAUACUCGAAUCUUUAUCUAUGUGAAGAACCAAAGUAAGAACACGUCUCAACAAGUCACAGAGAUCCGACAGCAGACUGUUGUCAACCUGAUGAAGACGAUAUCCAUGGUCCUGGGUGCCUUUGUAAUUUGCUGGACGCCUGGCCUCGUGACUCUCUUACUGGAUGGACUGUUGGGUAAAGAGAGUCAUGCCAACCGCUAUGAGAAAUACUGUUUGUUCAUAGCUGAGUGCAACUCUCUGGUCAAUCCUAUCAUCUAUUCCCUACGGGACGACGAGAUGCGGAGGACGUUCAAGUGGAUCCUGUGCUCUCUGUGUCGGAGAGGUGUUCAUCAGCAGAGGCAACUUUCACUAGUCAAGAGGGGCACAUCUCUGCGAGAGGAAAAACUUGGCUCUGGCCUGAAGUCAGAAGCAGAGGCCUUGUGUUAGGACGACAUCAAGAAAGACGACGCCUGGUCAGUGACCAGGUUAUAACGGCAGAUCAAAAAUAAUAUAAGUAAGAUGUAUAGAUCGAUUUAUUCUUCUAGAUAUCAGCCAAAUUCU